GAGGGGGUUCGAUGGGCUUCUGUGUUCCGAGAGAGUUGGGGACGAGAGAGCGAGUGAGGUGAGGCCGGAGAGCCCCGCCUGAUCUGAUUGCCCCCGCGACCGACCUCAUCCCCAAGGAUUGUGUUUUGCGAGUUAGGUUGAGGGAGAAUUUGUGAGGCUGAGUGGUGGAGUUGAUCGCGUCGCGCGAAGUGAGGUGGUGGGAGAGUGAGAGAGGGUGAGGAGAGGCGUCUUGGAUGGGGGGUUCAGGGACGGAGAGCUUGGCAGCGUGUUCCUCCGCGAGGGCAGGCACUGCAGCAGGCGUAGCAGCUCUGCAGCGUCCCAUGAGGCAGAAGCUGUUUGCGGAGAGGGUGACGCACUGCAUCCCUGCGGUGGUGGUGAGCACGAGUGAGCGCAACGGGGAACUUGUGCGUCGGCGGAAGUUGUCGCCAGGAGUGGCGAGUGUGGCCAAAGCAAUGGCGUCCGGUCCUGGAUUCGGGUUCCACACGCUCGUCCCUAGUGAAGCUGAAUUUCGGGAAGUGCUUGGCCUCGUAAAGGUAGGUGAGUUGGAAGAUGAGGUUAAGGAGGAGAAGAAGAAACAGCCGAAGAAGAUUGUGUUCAAGGGUUUCAAGUUGAAAGUUGGGAAUGCUUCCUUGAGAAGGUUGAUUAGUGGAGCCGUCGCGGGGGCCGUGUCAAGAACCGCAGUAGCCCCCUUGGAAACAAUCCGAACUCACCUUAUGGUUGGUACCGGGGGUAAGACUUCGGUAGUUGCUAUGUUUCAUACGAUUAUGGAAAGAGAUGGCUGGCAAGGUCUCUUCAGAGGGAAUGGAGUCAAUGUGCUUCGAGUGGCUCCAAGCAAAGCAAUUGAGCUCUUCGCGUAUGACACGGUAAAGACUUUUCUGACACCCAAAAACGGUGCACCGUCGCACCUUCCAGUCCCUCCCUCCACAAUAGCUGGGGCAACGGCUGGUGUAUGCUCCACAUUGACAAUGUAUCCGCUUGAGCUGCUGAAAACACGGUUAACUGUUGAGCAUGGCAUGUAUGACAACUUGCUACAUGCAUUCGUCAAGAUUGUGAGGGAAGAGGGUCCUUUGGAGCUGUACAGAGGUCUCUUGCCGAGUCUGAUUGGUGUAGUUCCAUACGCGGCAAUCAACUACUGCUCUUACGAUACGUUGAGGAAGACAUACAGGAAAAUUACUAAGAAAGAACAUAUUGGAAACCUAGAAACCCUUUUGAUGGGUUCCAUUGCAGGAGCUGUUGCCAGUUCUGCGUCUUUUCCAUUAGAAGUUGCACGGAAGCAAAUGCAGGUUGGAAACAUUGGAGGGCGACAAGUAUAUAAUAAUGUAUUUCAUGCGCUAUCCAGUAUUGUGAAGGAACAAGGCCCUGGAGGCCUUUAUCGUGGUCUUGGUGCAAGUUGCAUAAAAAUCAUUCCAGCUGCCGGAAUUUCCUUCAUGUGUUAUGAGGCUUGUAAACGGGUUUUGAUAGAGGAGGAACAACAGGAGAAGAUGAAGGUGAGAGAGGACAAAGUGGAGAUUGGAGUCAAAAGAUGAAGUACUCGUAAAUGCAUUCCGAUGACGUUUUCAACAUUAUGCAACAGUACUGACUGAGAGUAUACGGAACAGUAGAAGUUGCCAGUGAUUUUUGCAUCCGACUACGUGUUACAUGUCAAAGCCAAACCUUCAAACGUGAUGGAGUAAUGGGGGUUCAUCUUUGCGGCGAAUGGCUACUUUCAUUAAAUUCAAGGUUGGUACCUGAUGAGAUAUAUAUACUUGUAUUGGUUCAUCUUCGCGAACGAAUGUAUAUGAAGCUUCACGUCUUCCUUCAAAGUUCCGCUUUCAGAUCGUCGUCCUCGAAUUAGUUUGUGAUCAUAUAUCGGGCAGUGCAUGCUGUAGGUACCAUGUUGGAGAAGUUGUAGCCGAAGGACUGUCUCAAGCUGGAUGGCUUUAAAGGGAUAAGGUGGUUGUGGGAAAGACGAGCUGAACUUUGAGAUGAGGACGUGUAAGCCAAGUACAAAUAGGUUGAUGCUCCACAACUGGAAGAGUAGAUAUGAAGUUCAUACAUGACUCACCAUGUGAUCGCACCAAGGUCCACUAUACACGAGUAUCAUGGCGCUAGGCUGAUUACUCACAAAAUUUUGUCACAUUAGUUUUGAGUACUGAUGUUUGUACUGGUGCCCCGAGCUUGUAAGUUCCUGAGGCACCCUUUUUUCUUUUAGAUAUUUCACUGAUGACGUAUUCCUGAAAGAGAAAAGGGUUAUCUUCGUUUGACCGGGCGCGGUUCCAUAAACUGAUCCCGAUCCUUUCCACUGCCCUUGGCCGCAUGUAAUUUGCCAUUAAAAGUCAUUUUCACCUGUUGAUAUCCUGA